UAGAAAAUAUUAUUUUGUAUUUUUAUUAUUGAAAUAAAAUAGAAUAAAAAUAUUUAAUUAUUAACCAUAUUUUGGUUAAAUAUAGAAAUCAUUAUAUAUAUGCAAGUACUUAAGUAUAUAUGAAAGUAUAUACAUAUUUUGGUUAAGCAUAUACAAAAGUUUUUAGUUUAUGUGGAUCUUUAUAAACAUAAUAAAAAAUGUCUGAUAGACAGGAAGUGGAAAGUGUCAAAAAGAAAAAAAGUGGAAUUAUUUAUUUAUCAUCUAUUCCUAAAUAUAUGAACAUUACUACGGUUAGAGAAAUGUUUUCCACUUAUGGAAAAAUUGGUAGAGUAUAUUUACAACUUGCUGAAAAUCCGGAGAGUGGUAAGAAAAAAAAGCCGAUAAAACAUUUUACAGAAGGAUGGGUGGAAUUUGAAAGUAAGAGAGUAGCCAAAUAUGUAGCUACGACAUUAAAUAACAAACAAAUUUCAAUGCGUAAGAAAAGUAAAUUCUUUGAUGUCAUAUGGAAUAUUAAAUAUUUACCAAGAUUUAAAUGGAUUCAUUUAAGUGAACGCUUAGCAUAUGAACGAGCAAUUCACAAGCAAAGACUUCAAACAGAAAUUGCACAAGCAAAGAGAGAAACUAAUUACAUUUCUAAUAAUAUUGAUAGAAGUAAGAAGUUAAGUAAAAAGAAAAUUGAAGGAAACACAACAAAGUUUAUUUUACCUAAAAUCAAACAAAGGGACACAGAUGAGGAAAUUAGAAAUAUAAAAGGAGAAACCGAGCCCCAAAAUAGAGACGAAAUUUUUAAAUCUUUAUUUAGUUAAUGUUUUUAAAAGACUGCAAUAAAUAUUUAAUGUUCGAAUUUUUUA